AAGCUGCCUGUGGUGCUCCAUUCACCAUGAAGGUUCCAGGUUGGGAAACUGUCCAGCGCGUGCCGCCGGCGUUCAUCUCGUUGGCCAUUGUGUUACUGUCUCGACAAGUGAUUGACCCAGAGAACUCAGUCCAUGUGUGGAUCGCUCGAGGUCUCUUUGCCAUCUCGCAACUGAGCUGCAUCGGUGUUUUGGUGUAUUUGUACUUCCAAGCUCGCGAAAACAAAGACCCUGCGACUGUCACCGUCAAAGAGGACAUUGGAUUUGGCCAAGAAGGCGACAAGACCGAGAAAAUUACCAUUGGUGAGCAUGAUCAACGUGCGGCGCUCAAGGAUAUCCAAAAGGUGACCCUCGGCCUUGUUGUGUCGUCAUUCAUUCACGUCUACUGGGGAUUUAUCCCUCCUUUGGUGAUCGGCGUCUACAACGGACCCCAAGCGCUCCUCCAAAUGCCUAUUGUGCGCGUCUUGUUGCGUGGGGAAAAGGCUUGGGGCAAGCUCCAACGUCCGUGGGCGGAACCCGUUGCUGCCUUCGGAAAGCGCUUCGAGGCAUGGAAUGACACGAUCACGUCCGCCUUCACCGCCGACAACAACCCGAACAAGAAGCCGAAAAAGGAAAAGAAGGAAAAGAAGAAACGCUUUUAAACCAUCCAAGGAAAUUCCUCGCAUGGCUUCACAUGUUGUACUCUGAGCUAUCUUCAAAAUCCCGCGAGAUUUUCUUCAAAACGAGCUGUUUUCGUUGGAAUGCUAGUUCAAGUGCAACAGAAUGUACUGAGGAAUUCCUCAUGGUGUUGUCCCGAGCAAUUUUGAAAGAAUUUCAUGUUAUAUAUUGAUACGUUUCCUGUUUUUGAUGUAUCUUUCGAU